AUGGAGGACGCUGAACAGGAAGAAGCAGAGGGAGAAGACGUCCGCUGGGCAGGCCCUCCAGUGAGGCCCCACAGAAUGGGGGAUAUCAAGUGGGGGGAAGAAAUGAAGGGGAGUCAGUUGGUCUGUCAGGAAGAAGGUACACAAGUGGAGAAGGCCCAACCAGAAGAGUUUCCCCCUUCAAAUGAACCUCCACUUGUAGGUGAACCCCCCCCGAAUGAACCAACGAGCGACUCGCCCGCUGCCCCCCGCGAAGGAAACGAAGAGAAGAAGUGCAACGCGUGCAACUUCUGCGAAGACGUGUGCUUCUCCAUCCUCUGCGCGAGGUGCAAAAUAAAGCGGAAGGACCUCUACGCGAAAUAUAAGAAAUACAAAAAGCACAACUUGAGGAUUUGCCAAAAGGAAAUUAAGCUCGUGCUGAAGUUGAACAGGAAGGCGCGGGCAGAGUUACUGUCCGGGGGGCGGCGCGAAGGGAGAGAAGCGGGAGGUGCGGCGAAAGCGGUGGAAGGGAAAGAAGCGGUGGAAGGGGGAGACGCGGGAGAUGCUGCGAAAGCGGUGGCAGAACGGAGCAGCCCCAAGGGCGAGGGCCACGAAGGGGAAGCACCCCAAAGGAGAGACCAGUACGACACGCUGAAGGACGCCAUCAGGAGGAGCAAAAGUCUCACCAACUCCGAGUGCGAACUGGAAGAAAAAAAAAUGAAGCACUAUAAUUACACCAAAUAUAAAGAGUACUUUACCAAAUGUGAAGUUAGAAGACACUGCCAUGUGAAUGACUGCUGGGUGGUGGCCAAUGGGUAUGUGUACGACGUGACGACGAUCCUCAGCCAUCACCCAGGUGGGAUUAAUUGCAUUUUAAAAAAAGGAGGUGAUGAUGUAUCCGUGGAUUAUUCUUUCCACUCCAAGUACGCACAGAAGAAUUUUUGGGAACCUCUAAAAAUUGGAAAAGUUAUAACCUGCUCGAAGGAAGUUAACGACUUGCGGAUGGGAAGUCUCUCCUCCAAAACGAAAAACAAAUGCAUGUUGAUGUGA